CUUGAAAAGGGUUUGGUAGGAUUGUUUUGGUGGCGAAUAAACAGCCCACGUAGUCGAACUUGGAAGUCCCAAGAAAUGGCACCCAUUUGCCCCAAGCCCAUCUCAAACACUGUGUCCCCUUCACUCCUUCUCCCACCACCCGCCCAAAAUGCCUCCUCUAACCCGCGGUGCCCUCACCUUCCCCUCCCCUCAAAGCUCCCAGAUAUCUCCCUACCUCCCCCCUCCCUCUCUCUCCCAACCUCAAACCCCCAUCCACGUAACCCUCACAUUCGCCACCUCCCUUGACUCCUCCCUCUCCCUCUCCCCGGGUACCCAAACCCUUCUCUCAGGUCCAUUAUCAAAAUCCAUGACCCACUACCUCCGCUCCCGCCACGACGCCAUCUUAAUCGGCGUUGGCACCGCCCUUGCUGACAACCCUAGUCUAAACUGCCGGAUCUCCGGCGUCGGGGGUUACGGCGGCGAGGGACUUAAAGGACAACCUAGGCCGGUUGUUUUAGAUCCGAGGGGGAGGUGGGAGGUUGGCGAGUCGAGCAAGGUUAUGCAGUUAGUGAGGGAGGGUAGGGGGAGGGCGCCGUUUGUUGUUUCGAGGGUGGUGCUCGAUGGUGGGAGGAGGAGGUUGUUGGAAGAGUGUGGGGGCAAGGUGAUUGUGUUGCCAGCUGCCCAAGAUCAGGAGGAGAGGAAGAGGAUAGGUUGGGUGGAUAUUCUCAAGGCGCUGCGGGAAGAAGGGAUUAAGAGUGUUAUGAUUGAGGGUGGAGGAGCCGUCAUCAACGAUCUUCUGCGUCCUGACAAUAUCAGAUUGGUUGAUUCAAUAAUUAUCACCAUCGCGCCAACAUGGUUAGGGAAGGGAGGUGUGCUUGUGUGCCCGGAUGAGAGAGUAGAAGAUGGGGUAAAAGUGCCAGUGGAGAGGUUGAAGGACGUCCAAUGGAUACCACUUGGGGAGGAUGUUGUACUUUGCGGAAGGCCACAGCAAAGCUGAUCUAUCUAGGAACGUUUUCUUCAGUCAAUGGAUCCACAUUCAGGAGAGGCGGCCCUUCACCAAGGAUAUCAUUGUCUCGAUUCAUACUCUAAAGGCAUCCGCUCUGGCUCACUUCCAACUUAUCCAGCCUUCAUUAGAUAUAACUUUAAAGCGAAAUAUGUCUUAGGACUUGUUGUAUUCACCUGCGUCUCACUGUAAGCCAAACACCACG